GGAUAUGGCAAAAAUAGGAGCACACGGGACGAAUCCAUUCAAGGUACCACUUCCGACGUGUGCUACCGACACUGCUGCUAAACAUAGCGCUAUGUUUGAUAAAAAAUGAUUUUCAAAUAAUUUCCCAAAUUUGCAAGUGGGCUUUUGUGCACGUUGCCGUGUGCUUUGUUGAAACGUUCACUCCCCUGCGGCUACCGGAAGUGGUGCGGUCCGAUAGUAUUGAAGGCAAAACUGGGAAGCUGUUUGUUUUUAGCGAGAAAAAGAAGACUGCUGAUACUGCGACACGGUUUUGUUUUUUUAAAUCAUUUUAAGUGAGGUCGUGGCUGUUUGAGAUCGGAUCGCUUCAACGGAACAGUUUCGUAGCUCGCCAUGGCUCUGUGCGGUGGUGUCGGAGCCAUGGCUUUACCAAGCGAGCUAAUCGUCCAUAUAUUCUCUUUUCUGUCCGACCGAGACAAGCUUCGGGCCUCGGCCGUUUGUUCGCGAUGGCGGGAAUGUCUGUUCUAUCCAGCCUUGUGGACGGAACUCAAACUACGAAUAGGUGGCUCCGGCUCUGAGGAGACCCUGAGGUUGGAGUUCCUCAUGCGAAAGUUCGGCGCUUUCGUGCGGGAGCUGCGGCUGGAGCUCGCCCCCACGGAAGUCAGCCUCGGUUCCCUCAACAACGAGCCUUCGUCCACCACAGCGGACCUGCCUGCCGGUCCUGGCAACGACCAGCAGCUCUCCAAGCGAUGGCGAGAUGCCAUGACUGCCUACUUGGACCAGGUGUUGUGUGUCUUCACCAGCAUCAGCAACAACAGGAACCUUCAGAGGUUGAGUCUAUAUGGUGACACCUGUGCUCUCCAACAGGAGGGACUCCUGGACAGCUCCAAACUGCAUCAGAUUCAUCAGGGCCACAACAAAAUCAAUGAGAUCCAGCGGUUGUUCAGAGAGUUGUUGUCCAACAGCAGGCAGCUGAGGUGGUUGUCCUGUAGCUUCAUGCUUGGUCUGGUGACUCCCACCUCUUUAGCGUGCCUGUCCAAUCUUUCCUCUGAGACCUUGCAGCACCUCAGCUUACUAGACCACCAGCUUGGUCCGCUCAUUUCACCUUUAGAGUUGGAACGUCUUUCAUCUCUUCAUUCUCUGGCUCUUGAUUUCGCUGAUCUGACAUCUGAGCUUUGUGGACUACUGGCAUCGCCCCAUCGUACUCCGCUGCAUCGUCUCUCCCUACUGCUCAAUGGUGCCACUCUGGAGUUCAAAUCAUUAGAAGGAACUGCCACAGAGGACGAUUGGAAGGCACUGGUACGAGUGAGUACCAACUUGCGAGUGUACAUCAUGGCCAUGGAAGUCAACAGCUUGGAGCUCCUCAGGGUUCUAAAGCCAAGCCUUCCACUGGAGCGCAUCCACCUGGACAGUUACAACACACUGGUGACCGAUGCCACCCUGGAGCUCAUUGCCCAGCAAUACAACAAGACACUGACGCACUUCCUUUUACUGAGGGAUGACCCAGAAUUUCCAGACCUCAGUGUGAAUCGCAAUGAAGAUCCAUUGGUCCUCUUAGCUUGGAGAUGCACUCAGCUGGCGGUGCUGGUGAUACACGGCUACACAGUGUGGUCUCACAACUUGGUGGCGAUCUCCCGACUGCGUGGCUCCAGCCUCCGCGUCCUCACCGUGUCUGAGGAGAGCAUCGAUUUUGACCCCGACCAGCCGGUGUAUUUGGAAGGUGAUCCGGUUCAUAACCUGGUAAAAGAGGUCUCACAGGGCCUGGGCCGUGUAUGGCACCCUUGCUUGGAUUACAGCCUGGUUUUGACUGAACCCACCCAGCACUUCCAUCACGAGUUGCAAGCCUUCAGCAUGGGCAUGUAAACAACGCGUCUAAUUGAUAAGAGUGUGGCCCCAACCUUUGCUAAGACCAGGCCAGACCAACCACCUGCCCCCAAACCCCACAUAUCUCAAGUAGAUCUUCACUAUAACAAAUGACAUAAUUUGUUGUUAUUUUAUCUUUUCCGAUCUCCAUGUACAGUUUUAGCACACAAACCAUUUCCAAAAGGUGUCUAGUUUUCCUGAUUAGUUCUAUAAUCUUUGGAAUCUUGGAAAACUUGUAGUUGCCGCAAUAGUUAAAUGUGUUUCCUGUAAUUCAUGGACCAGUCUGGUCUGGUCUUGCACAAAGAAUCUCAAGAGCCAUUGUAUAAUGUAUCUUUUAUUUUCAUUUUUUGGCUCUCUUUUUUUAUUACCCCCCACCCAGUUUAGUGUGUAAUCGUAUAUUUUGCCUUUAUGGUGUUUCCUUCACCUGUACUGGCUUUGUGCGUAUUUAAAUAUUAGAACAACAGGACAGGCAGGCUGGUUGAGUAUAAUUUAGUAGAAUAUUAAGCUCUGUGUGUGUGUGUGCGCGCUCAGACACAAGCUUAGGUUUGAAGGUUUUACCUUUUUUUUUUUUUACCAUGGCUUUGUGUCUGUUGCAUUCACUCCAGAAAAAGUUGUGCGGAUCAAUCACUUCCUGGGAAACAACCUUAACUGGUGCUUUGAAGGAGCACCUUGUGCACAUGUCUACUACUUGGAAGAACCUUGGCAGCCAGCGUGCACAUUAGAAAUGUAACAUUGCUCAGUUUGAAGGACAACCGUCAUGCCUCCUGAUUCUUGGCCAUCCUUUGCAGCUGGCAAAGGUUGCUUUUCACGGUCAAAACGUCUUAUCGGGGAGAUGUCGCACCUUAAUAGCGGAGUUCUGCAGAUUGUUGGUAGAGGUUUGCGUCCAGCACACUUUUCACCCUGUCUACUAAAUAAGCUGUCCCCUGUCUUCCAGUGGUCGUCCGUAGCCCAUACACCCUUUUUCCAUGAGUUGCGUCCCCCUUAAGUUGACACUUUUAAUAGUUCUUUGUACGUUUUUGUUGCACUUCAAUGCCAGCGUACUAAGGAAGGAAGCAAUAUACCAAUAAGGUGCAGCUUGGGUGGCUGUGAACCUGAAUUUGUGAUUCGGAACAAGGAAAGAAAAGCGAUGCACUGAAUGUACCAUGGCGACUUUUUUAUGUUCAAUUCCCGCAAAACUUUGGCCUUGUUAGUUGAGGUGGAAUGAUUAGUAGGUAGAGAAAAAGGCACCUAUUUUUUGAGUGGUCUGAUGACCAUGGUGACACAUUUUCGUUCCGUCUCAGGUGAGCUGUUACGUCCCUUUUUGACCGGGACACUGAUGGAUAUCGGUGUGUGUGAAAAACAAGCCCUUCUUUUGCUAAUGCUAUUUUUUGGGGUCACAGUUGCCUUGAAAAAUAUUUUUGUCCUCUGGAAAUGGUUAUCAAUUGGAUGUUUUGCCAUCUGGUAAUCAUUCUGCUAUGAUGAAGGGUCAUUGAACCUAAUGUUACAUUUGUUUUUGAAGAAUUAGGUCGAUAGAAGUGGAUGGGUCGCGAUGGAGGGUCCGUCAAUAAAAUAGCAUGCUGUAACUUGGUGAUAUCUGAAGUGAAUGUAGUGGAUUUCAGGGUAUUGUGUGUCGUACGCCUUGUCUGGGUUCUUGCCUCUUCCUCAGCCAUAGAGGCAUGACAAGCUGUAAUUGGAGUCCUGUGAAGAAGCCAGGCAUUGUAGACCGAAUAUCGUUCGAAGGUUUUGUACCGGUAAUAGCAAAGGUGUUUUUUUUGUUUUUUUUAACACAAGUUAGAGCAACGUUUCCCUCCUAAAUGGCCUCAUCUUACGUAUUGGUGUACCUGAAGGUCUAUAUCAAGGUGUCUAUAUGUUUACGUGGUAAGCUUUCAAGGUCCUGGUCCAAUUGGUUUUGCUAAUGAGCCUUUUGGCUGCCAAUAGUUUGCUGCAUGAGACAAUGAUGGUUGAGCCAUAAGAAACUCUUGGUCUUGGUCCAUAUCUCAGGAUUGUUGCACUUCUGGAGCCAAGAGGUUUUUAAGGAUGUCUAUGGCUUCUACAUAUAUACACUCGAAGAUGGGACAGCACAACCUGCAAAAGCGCAUAUUCCGACUAAAAUCACACAUUUUAGAUUGUAUGUCAAUUUAUUUUUCCUUUUAUUUUGCAUUUUAGCUUGUGUAAUGUUUGUACAGUGACAAGACAUGUGAAAUUAAAGCAAUAUAUAUUACAGAAUAUAAAUAUUCUCAUUUGACACAAAAAAAACAACCACUUUAUUCUUGCUAAGAUUGGAGCCAAUAUAAAUUACAGUCCUUAACUAGUUGUUUUUUUUCACCAGAAGGGGCUUGACUACAUCUGACAAGGAUUCGGCUGUUAGAAAAUAUAAACGAUUUAAGAAAAACUAUAUUGCAAUACAUAGGAACCUCGAUUUAGGAACUUAAUUGGAUCCUGAACAGGGUUCGUACACAGAAAAGGUUCUAUGUUGAAACUUAAUUUCUCCUUAACAAACAAUGUAAACAUGGGUUUUUAGUUGUGACAAAAGUCCAUAUUUUAGUAAUAGUUUGUACACUUUGAAGACAAUACAAAGUGCUAUAACAGUACUGUUAUAUCAAUGGAUGAGGCAGUGUCUACAACAAUGUGGAUACUUCCUGAAUGUUUCAAACCACAUGUUGCUUGCCUAUUGCUUUCUUAUCAUUUUGAGCUAGCAAAAGAAGAAAAGGGCUUAAAAAGCACACAAAGUAGCAAUUAGAACAGUAGCUAACAACAACACAGCUAUGCUGACGGAGAUUGAUUAGCCCGCUUACAAUGGAUGUGCUGCCGUACACAAAAUUGCUACGCUGCUAGACACACAAUGAAACGUUUGUACAACAAAGCAUUUUUUCAUUCAAUUUUGGUUCGCAAACCGUAAAAUAUGUACAAUGAGGGGUUCGUAAAUCAAGGUUCCACUAUAUAACAGGUAUUUACAUCUUGUUUAGAAGUAGCGUUACCAGCUUCAGACCAUAUCCUCGCAUUUGUUUCCAAACUAUUGUCGUGUCAGGCAGAAAUGACGACAACAUCUUUUGACUAAGUGUGUAGCAGUACAGCUAGUAGAGGCAAGGAUUAGAAUUGUCGCUUGUAAUGCAGCAAGAUGAGAAGUCUUUAGUUCUCAGGGUACAGUCAAGAUAGAGGAGGAGGAAGGGAAACAAUAGUGACUAAUAGUCACCUGCUCUCCUCUUCCUUUCCUUCAAUGCUGCCAAAGACCACAAUGGAGCAAGUGUCAACUCAAUCUGAAGUCAUUCUGAAGUGCUCGUUUGUCUUUAAUACACUGGCGGCUGUAGCUGAUCCAGUUGUUUUGUUUCUUCUACGCUUCACAUUCUGGUCAUUCUGCCUUGUCUUUGUGGCGUUUAAGCUGCUAGUGAAUCUACUCCCUUUGCUGGACCUUGUGUUGGAAAGGACGCUAACCAAAGCAGAUGCACUGCAUGUGUAAAAACAAAGUAAAUAAUGUAUGUGUAUAACUGGCCAUUUUAAUACAGUAUGUGUUGACUUGAAAACAGUUGGCAGCAUCGUUGCACAACCUGACCAGACUUGCAGCACUGUUGUGAAGUUUCAUAGUAUCCAUAUUACAACAUAUUUCCACCAUGUUGUGUUUUUCUUUCUUUCUGGGUAGCCUCUUUCACUGUGAAUGUAACAGUGAGGAGAGCAUGAGGAACUAAAACACUUCUUCCAAUUUGUAGCAUCUCAGUGUGGAAGAACCUGUGACUGGAUGGAUGUCUAAGAUGGGCAGUAUGAGAUUAAAUGGGAACUAUUCUAAGCAUGCCGCUGGAGACGUUCCUCCACCAGACUGGUACUGGAUGUUUUUCGAGCCUGAAGGCCGGCGUGCCUGAUUUGAUAAGCCUGUGGGUCAAAUAAGUGUUCAUAGUACUCGACUGCUAGCAGGACCAGGACAUUCCAACAUGGGGACUCUCAGGCUGUCGGACUGACAUAACAGCUAACCACAUGGUUAAAUAAAAAUGUAUUUAUACAUAUACAGUAUAUAUAGAUAUAUAUAAAUACGUACACAUAUAUAUUUUUACUUUGAAUCGAUUUUCCAAGAUGGGGCUUGUUCUGACUCGUCACACCAGCUGGACUGAGCAGAGUGUCUGUGUGAUUCUUUUGAUGUGUGUUUUAUGCAAAGAUUUGUGGGCCUUUUGUGUAUGUUUGAGAAAAGCAACCUACUCGAACUGAGCUCAAGAUGACCACUUCAUAUUCAGUGCAAUUGUUGGUUUCUCAUUAAUGUACUUACAGGGGUUUAUUUACGUGUGUGUAAUGAGGCGCUGGUUCAGCUGUCAGGUUGUGGGUUAUUUAGGUUGCCAUUAGCAGCGAUGUAUGUCAGUUGAUGAACCCAACCUGCGCUUGAGUUUGUUUGUUUGUUUGUGUUUGGUUCUUCUGUGCUUUAAGAAAACCAUAACAAGGCCUGGCGGGUAACUAAACCACAGAGCUGGGCUCUAAUGGCUUCCGUCUAAGACCGUUGACGAUCUGUCUCUGUCACCAGGGCCGGCUCUAGGCUUUUUGUGGCCCCAUUUCCGUCUUUGAUAUUACUUACUAUAGGGGCUAUAGUGCUAACUGCAGCCUCGUGAGUAUUGUAAUGCGGCCAUUUUUAGAGGGCUUUCUUAAUGUUAUAACCCGUUCUUAGAAAAGCAUAAAAAAAAAUUUAAACUCUAGCUAAGAAAAAUGUACAAUUCCUUCUUCGCAGAAAUGUAUUUACCACGACCAAGCCCGGAACCAAUUAAUAGUGAUAAAUGAGAAUUUACUGUAUCACUUUUGGCGACCACAAGUUGAAAAUGUGUGACUAAUAUUUUACAAGUUAUAUAAAGAUUUGUAUUUACUAUAAAUAUUUAGGUAUGAAGAAUAAACAAGAAUGCAGCUGAGAUAGCCUCCAGCAGCCCCGAAAGGGACAAAGCGGUAGAAAAUGGAUGGAUGGAUGAAUAAACAAAAAGACUUAGUUUAGUAAUAUGUUCAAUAGUAAUGUUUUUUUUUUAAAUUUCAGAUAAUGUCCAAGACUUAUAUAAAAAGGUAACAAAAAAUAGUUUGAUGGAUCAAAGGGGGGAAAAGUGCUUGAUAUCUCCUACUGCAGUGAAGCCAAUUCAAAAUUGCUGUGGCACUUUGGCAUUAUUUGAAAAGGUAAACAAAACAUAAUAAAUAGGCAAAAACUAUUUAAAAAAAAAAACAGAAGAUCAUUAGAUGUUAUAUCUUUAGAGAAAAGGUUCGACUACAAAAUCAACUUGAAUAGUACGUACAUUUUAGAAAUAUGGAUGUAAAUCUUGUCACGAUGAUGGCCUUCGAAGCGAUGCUAUAUUAGCAAUUAUCUCUAUGGGCUUUUGAAUGGACACGGCCGCAAUGCCGUUAACCGAACUAAAACUACCACAAAGGACAUGUUGACUCACCGCUGAAUAAAAGUUUAGCAGAAACAAAGUAAAAUUGUAUCCAUCGAAGUGUGUGGCCCUAAACAACCACACAGAGUGUUCAUGCCAGGAGCUGGCCCUGUCUGUCACAGAACUAUAGAGGGAAAAAAUCUGGGCUUAGUUUUGAGUUUGAGUGAUUGUGUGUGUUCAAACACCAGUUAGCUAAAGCCGCUAACAUGGGAAGGGAUCCCUGUUAAACGUAUUCAUUUUGUACCAAAGCAGCAGACUGCAUCAGUCCAAACAGACUGGUUUCACUUCCACUUUAAAUGCCAGUUCCAAAAUGUUCUGGUUCUGGUUGUUUGUUGUUACCUCCCCUUUUGUCGCUUUGACUGUAGACUUGACUGAGCUCACAUAGGUAUGAACAUGCUGUUUUUGUUUUCUGUCACUGGGGAAAAAAACACUGGAUGUGCAUCACACUGGUUGUAGACGUACAAGACACACUAAAGAGCCUUAGAGAACUUCUGGAUGCACAAGUUCUCAGACAAGGAAACACGCCUGGUUAUUAUACUUUGAUGUAUGACAGUUUAUGUGGCUUGUGGUGAUACACUUGGAAAACGAGUAGGGUACCAAAUAGAACGGCCUGGCCGAAGUGUAGUGGUGACAUCAAUGGAGGUCUUUAACUCUAUCUCAGUUACGGUUUGUGGCCACUGCUUCUAUUUAAACAGGCAGGCCUCACAACUAUGCAAGAGGAAUGCAUCUAAUCCACACUCUUCGACUAGUCUUCUGCUGUGUGUGUUCCUCGCGGUCACACGCUAGAAGCAGAGGAAAGAAGGCCUCGCAAUGACAAUACACUUGGCCUUAUAAUGAUUUAUGAAAUCGUUUCCUUUUUCCUUGUUUUUUAUUUUAUUUUUUUAAGAUUAUGGUAAGUCAACCCAGCGACAAGCAGCGGUGACGGCGGGCUCACUCUUGGUCUCUAUGAGACCGGCUCGAUGGCCCCCGGUUUUAUCGUGGUACGAAUGUUGUGCAUUUGUUUAAAAAUCAGGACAAUUUGCAAUAACAGCAGUCUUUACUAGCAGUGCUGACCGCGCCCGGCUGCGUCUCUAGAAAAACCACAGAAGAAGAGAUGUAUAAUCUUUAUGAAUAUAGAUAUAUUAAACUGUCAUAGUGCAUAUUUGUAGACGUCUCAACAAUUCAUUACUGUGGUAUACACGUAAAUACUUGUCCAGGUUCGAUUUGUAAACAUGAAUUAUGUACAUCAGUAAACUGUGUGUGUGCGCGGUUUUGCCAUUACUGUUCAAUUCUGAUAGUCGUGUUCUGGUGUGACUGUGUUUAUUACAGUGUGCACAUAGCAGUAGCUUUUACUUUAUUUGGGUUCUCCAUAUGUACUGAAUCACAGUGUCACAAAAUUAUUUUUCAAAUGUAGAUGAAGAACUGGUUCAAAUCAUACUUACCAGAAAAAAAGGAGAUUUACUCCAGAUAUUCUUUCUAAUAUUUCUGUGUAAAGCAACUUUUUGGGGAAUGCAGCGGAAAUAAUUGUGAUUCAAAUUCUUCAUGGGCCACCCUUUUUAGGGUUUAGUCUGCAAGUAUUCCUAAUGUGUUGUAGAGUUUAGCUUUCCAGCUGAAAGGUCCAAUAUUCUCAUUGAGAACAGUAUUGAUCCACGGCUGUUGUGUUGUGGCAAAAAUAAAAAAAGGAGGGUUCAAAGUCAGACUCUUUAAAAUCUUAAAACAUCUCAACAAACAUGAGCUGGGAAAGCAGCAUAAUGUUUUGAUUAUUGUGUUGAAUGAAUGCUACUUAUUUUAGUCAGUGAAUAAA